UAAAGUGUGGAGACGGGUAACAUUGACAUCUUACAGUGAAACUGAAUCAAAGCUCGCCGCACUUCAGAAAUCUAUGUCCACCAUACGAGAAGAGCAACCUGAUAUUGCACGUCAUAUUGCUUCAGAAGCAGCGAGCCGGGAAGAGCUCGCGGUGGUUACAGCAGAACUAUCACGGUAUCGAUCUCUCUUUGGAGACCCUCCUUCUUCAGACCUCGCCAGGCAAUUACAAGCGAAGGAAGAUGAGCUCCGGAAAUUGCGGCUUCUUGCAGAGCAACAUCAGCAAGGGGAAGAUGCAAUUUACGCAGAGGUGGAAAGGCUUUCAGGAGCAUGGGAGGCUUUGGAUGGGCAGUUAAAGAAUAAGGUAGCGAGCUUGAUAGCGGCGGAGGAAAAGAUCGCUAAGAGCGCACACGAGAAAGCGAAGGCAGAUAACAAGUACUUUGCGGCCAUGCGCGACAGGGAGUCUGUUGAGAUUGAGCGGAAAAACGCCAUUCGGAACCUCGAGAAGCAAGCCAAGGUUGUUGAACGACUGGCUGACAGCGAGAAAAACCUGCAACAACAUAUAGGUCAUCUCGAAGCAGCCAACCAGCGUCUGCAUCGAGUGAUGGAUGAAGCAGAAACAAGAUUCACUGCUCUUGAAUCGGAUGUCCUAGUAUACAAGAGGCAGGCCGAAAGUACAGAAGAGAUGAUGAAGAAUAUCGCCGACGAAAAAUAUGCUCACAUCCACCACCUCAAGGGCGCUCUAUUCAAGAGGGACGACGAUCUUGCUCGUAUGAAAGCCGAGGUCGAGAAACUCCGUGUUGAGGCAAAGAAGUUGAAGUCUGCUUCAGCAAGCGAAAAGGAAGCAGACCUUAUGGAAGAGGCUGCGUCUGUCUGGAGACUCAUCAAGUGUUCAACAUGCAAAGAACACAUGCGCGGAGUUGCCCUCACUAAGUGCUCGCACACGUUCUGCAAACAAUGCAUCGAUGCGAGGGUCUCGACACGUCAGCGGCGGUGUCCGCAUUGUAAUUCAGGCUUUGCACAAAGCGAGGUAGUGAACGUCCUCUUCCAAUGACUGCUUCUCCCAUUUCAUCUAUCCCUGCUCAAACGUAGACUUCCGGUAAUCUUCGUUGCUUGGCGCCUUUUUUUAUUGGACCAAAUCUUCAGUCAUGCGGCGAUGUAUUGUAGCAUAUUUUAUGCUUUUUUAUGGAGCACUCGUGCCAGGUAAUGUAAUGAUGAUAUCUUCUUAUCUUUGACAUUUACGCCGGUGAAUGAAAAUCGAAUGCAAGACGUCGUGAUGGCU